GUCACCACUAAAUAUCGCUGUAAUGUUUAUGCGUGAUUUUGGUGGGGCAGCUUUAGAUUUAUACACGAACUUGUUUGAUUCUAAUAAAAACGUUACUCGGAAGUGUAAGUGUAAAUUAGCUUGCUAUUCUGGCAGGUUAAUUAUUGUCCACUUGCUGUAACACACUGCCGAAUAACAAACACGACAUUAUUAAAUUCCGUCGCAAGUUAUUACAAAGAUUCCGGGCCUUCACUCUUUUCCCAUGCAUGAAUUGAAGUGAGAUUGAGGGGUCUGGAAAGACAUUGUGACCCGUCAUAGUCGGUAGAUGGGCAUAAAACACAGACAGAUUUACAGUUUACGUGCGUAUGCCUGCAUGAUACGUGCCCUCGGAACAGUGUUCAGUUUAGCGCGUGAACAAACACGUUUCUGCAGUGUUGCCAACUAUCCAUACUGUCCCCACGCUAUGGUGCAAGGCGCAGAGGAAGCUGUUGAACUCUGUGGCGCGCUGUGUGGACGAGGCGCUGUCAGGAAUUGUCGCCGGCAACGCAGGGCUGGUGCAGCUGGAGGGACACAGAGUGGUGGUCCGCUCUGACCUGGGCGCGCUCAAAGGCCGCGUCGCCCUGCUGUCAGGGGGAGGGUCGGGCCACGAGCCAGCACAUGCAGGCUACGUGGGGGCCGGAAUGCUGUCGGGGGCCGUGGCGGGGGCCGUGUUUGCCUCCCCGCCGCCGAGCAGCGUGCUGGCCGCCAUCUUGGCUCUGUGGCAGGGCGGCGCCACCGCCGGGGUGCUGCUGAUUGUGAAGAACUACACCGGCGACCGGCUCAACUUCGGCCUGGCGCUGGAGCAGGCGCGCGCCCGCGGGGUCCCCGUCGCCAUGGUGAUCGUCGCGGACGACUGCGCCUUCGCUCAGCCCGGCAAGGCCGGCCGGCGCGGCUUGUGUGGCACCGUGCUGGUUCAUAAGUUGGCUGGAGCCAUGGCUGAAGAAGGGCGACCCUUGAAGGAGAUUGUCGCGGAGGUGACGGAAGCAGCCAAGGGCAUCGGUACGCUGGGGGUGAGUCUGUCUCCCUGCAGUGUGCCCGGCUGCCUGCCCUCCUUUCAGCUUCCCCCGGGAGAGAUGGAGCUCGGUCUGGGAAUCCAUGGGGAACCAGGCAUCAAGAGGUCAAAGGUAGCCACUGCUGAUGAGGUGGUGAAGACCAUGUUAGAUCACAUGACCGACCCCUCCAGCCAAUCACAUUUUUCGCUGAAAUCUGGUGACAGUGUGGUCCUCUGUGUGAAUAACCUGGGAGCCCUGUCCUGUCUGGAGAUGGCUGUGGUCACCAGGUCUGCCAUCAGCUGCCUGGAGGGGCGGGGCGUGCGCGUGGUGCGGGUGAUGUCGGGGUCCUUCAUGACGUCGCUGGAGAUGGCCGGCGUUUCUCUCACCCUGAUGCAGGCGGACGAGGAGAGGCUCAGGCUUUUCGAUGUGAAAACCACUGCCCCUGCCUGGCCUAACCUCAGUGGCACUGAUCUGAGUGGGAGAAAGUGCAGUAAAAAACCACCGGAAAAAACAUCUGUGCCCGUGGAAUCCACAAAACAAGAAGGUCCCCUUAGUGACGUGCUGCGGAAGGUUCUGGAGAAGGUGUGCGCUGACCUCCUGCGCCGCCAGGAGGAACUGAAUGCUCUGGACCGUGCGGCGGGGGACGGAGACUGCGGGAGCACUCACGCUGUUGCCGCUCAUGCCAUUAAGGAGUGGCUCAGCAGUCACGUGGUCCCUGGUUGCCCCGGGCAGCUGCUGAGUACCCUGGCAGGAUUGGUGCAAGAGCGUAUGGGCGGGUCUUCGGGGGCGCUGUACAGUCUGUUCCUGACGGCUGCUAGCCCACUCCUGCUGGGCCGUGAUGACCUCGCUGCCUGGGCUGAAGCAGUGCAUGCUGGGACAGAGGCCAUGCGCCGGUACGGGGGGGCAGACCCAGGGGACAGGACCAUGCUUGAUGCCUUGUGCCCAGCUUCAGAAGAACUGAGGAAACUUUCUUCGGUGCCCUCUGCUGGCGGGAUGGCAGCACUGCAGAAGGCAGUGGAGAGAGCCGAGCUGGGGGCGGAGUCCACGCGUGACCUCGCGGCGAAGGCGGGGAGGGCCAGCUACAUCGCCGCGGAGCGCCUGACCCUGCCUGACCCCGGCGCUGUGGCUAUCGCCACGAUCUUUAGGUCAGUGCUCGUCGCCCUGGGAGACGCCGAGUGAACGCGCGCAGGAAGUCGGCCCUGCCGCUGAGACCAAGUGAUAGCAAUUCAUCACUCUAAUAACGUCACUCUAACGCAGUGGAUCAGAUCUCAGAUGACGGGACGGGGACCAAUCAAACGCAGGCACACUCAACAGCGGACAGUGUGGCACUAUAUAACAGGAGGUUGCAGGUUCCAAGCCAAGACUGCCUGCUGUUAAACCAUAACACAUGGACAGGCACAGCCAUUCCUAAUGUGUGUUUGCGGGUUUUUCUUUCCACCAGUUACCCUGGCUAAAUGAGCUAUUUGGCUGCAUGCACUAGAUCACAGUAACAUGUUUCAUAUAAGGACGCCUGUUUGUUUGUAAUUCACGGGCUUAUCAGGAAAUCAAAGCUAAAAUGUCCAUUGGUGUAAACGUUAGGGCCAAGUACUUCAGGCAGGAAGUGGGCAGGAAAAGCAGAAACAAUUGUGGCCCUCAUUGCACACCUCUGCCAUAACAUGAUGUGCUUCAUUGACCAUACAGAGAACGCACCCCUGUGUAAACGAAUACAAACAAAAUCUGUUUACUGUGCCUUGGUUAGGGUGCCCUCUAAAUAUAUGUAUGCCAUGUCAUUAAAUUCCUUGCAUUUUAACAGAGUGAGAUUGCUGGUGCAGAUUCAUUCUGACCUGAACAGCCACUGACUGCUCUUCAUUUUAGCCACAGUCCACAGUCAUGAAUGUCAUGCUGGAGAAAUAGAAAUUACCAUGUAAAUUUGAACACUAAUAAAGUAUUGUUUUUUUAAAUGAAUAAAAUCAUUUUCUGCAAGUUA